CCUCGCGGCGGGCUUCGGGACUGAGCGGCGCAGUCCGCUCCGAGGGUUCUGAGGCAACGGCUGCUUUGCGGGCCCCGCCGCCGCCGACCCCACUCCUCGUUGGAGAGAAGAUGGUGGGCCGGAACAGCGCCAUCGCCGCCGGCGUGUGCGGGGCCCUUUUCAUCGGGUACUGCAUUUACUUUGACCGCAAGAGACGGAGUGACCCCAACUUCAAGAACAGGCUGCGGGAACGAAGAAAGAAACAGAAGCUUGCCAAGGAGAGAGCUGGACUUUCCAAGUUACCUGACCUUAAAGAUGCUGAAGCCGUUCAGAAAUUCUUCCUCGAAGAAAUACAGCUUGGUGAAGAGUUACUAGCUCAAGGUGAAUAUGAGAAGGGUGUGGACCAUCUGACAAACGCAAUUGCUGUGUGUGGACAGCCACAGCAGCUACUACAAGUGUUGCAGCAGACUCUUCCGCCACCGGUGUUCCAGAUGCUUCUGACUAAGCUCCCAACAAUUAGUCAGAGAAUUGUAAGUGCUCAGAGCUUGGCUGAAGAUGAUGUGGAAUGAGAAAUAAAUGUCAACAUAAUAAUCUCAAUUAAAAAAUAUUUUUAAAAUCUUAACUUGGAAGAUGAUCAGCUCUGGGGGCGUAAGGGCAAAUAAGCUUGUUAUGGACUGUCCUACACUGAAAUCUACCAAAGUUAAUUUUUACUUUGUGUAGAUCCAUUUGUCUGUUUUAUUUAUUUUUCUCAGUGAAAAGUGUAUUUUGAUAGGUUUUCAUUUUAUAAAUACACUCAGUUACCGAAAUAUGGAUUUUGUUUAUUCCUAAAAUGUGCAAUUAGAAUGUACAUAUAUAAUAUCACAUUACUUACAUUAAAAAUACCCAAUGCUCAGUUUUGAAAGAUAGGCCAAAAAAAAGUAUAGAAGAAAACUGAAGAAUGCACUUUUUUCUUUUAAGCUAGUGCAGUUCGCUGUACAUCAGAUGAUUGGAUGGAAACUUGAUUGUGUAUUAAAACUGAGCAUUAAAAUCUUUAA